ACAACAGCUUAGAAAUGACAUUGAGAGCUGUCUUUGUUUUUCGCUGCAAUUUGACGAAUCAACUGAUGCUGUGGAUGUGGCGCAGUUAUGUGUUUUCAUUCGGAUGGUUUUUCAUAACAUGACGGCAAAAGAAGAGAUUCUGACAAUUUUGCCUUUGAAAGGGCACACAAGAGGGUCGGAUGUUUUUGACACGUUUAUGGAGUUUGUCAGUAAGUCGCAUUUACCCCUCUUCAAACUUACGUCAAUCACAACUGAUGGGGCUCCAUCUAUGGUUGGGCAUACUGCUGGGUUCGUUGCUUUGUGCAAGCAGUCGGAAUCUUUCCCUGAUUUUUUGAACUAUCACUGUAUCAUUCACCAACAAGGGCUGUGCGGGAAGAUUUUGAACAUGAAGGACAUCAUGGACGUAGCUAUAAAAAUCGCGUGCUCUUUUCGGGCCAGGAGUUUACAGAGGCGCUUAUUCCGUGCCCAGCUCGAGGAGGCAGGUGCAGACCACACCGAUCUGCUGCUGCACACCGACGUCAGGUGGUUGAGCCGAGGCAAAUUCCUCGAAAGAUUUUUGGAACUUUUGCCCGAAAUUAAAGAGUUCCUGAAGCACACAACUACCCAUGCUGCUGCUUAUACUCAGCUGGAGGACGGUCAGUGGCUCGCUGAUUUGGCUUUUCUCACAGAUGUCACCAAUAAGAUCAAUGACUUGAAUCUCGAGCUGCAGGGGAAAGGAAAGCACAUCGCCAACAUGAUCAGUUCAGUGAACACCUUUAAAACGAAGUUGCGCCUGCUGGUACGCAGGUUGCAACAGUGUGAUGUCAGGAACUUUCCGCACUUGGAGGCUGAGCUCCGCCGUCAGGGCAAAGACAGUGUGGAACUUGCUCGUUAUGAGCAACAGAUCCAAAACAUUCUUUUGGAGUUUGAGCGCCGGUUUACUGACUUUGCGUCCAUUGAGCCUGUUGCUCAGUUUCUGUGCUUUCCAUUUGGUGAAAAUGUUGAUGUGGAUUGCAUUGCGCCCAAAGUAGCCACACUCUUCAGCCUGGACUCCAGUGCUGUCGAGAAUGAAAUUCUCACACUGCAAAAUGACAUUGAGAUCAAAUGCAGAGCAACACCUGGGAUAACUGGCGAAUUCUGGAACCUGCUGCUGGAAGAGAAGUAUUCAAACCUCAGACAAUGCGCACUGAAUAUGACUUCCCUUUUUGGAUCAACAUAUUUGUGUGAGUCUGCCUUUUCACACAUGAAAAUAAUCAAGUCCAAGUACAGAACCACACUGACUGAUGACCACCUCGCAGCCUGCUUAAGGCUGGCACUCAACUCCUACUGUCCGGAUUACGAGAAGCUAGCUGCCUCCUCCCAGUGCCAGAAGUCCCACUAAGAUUCAUUUAAAUCCAACUGCUGGUUUCCCUGCUAUUGCCACUCUCCAGUGAAGUUUAUCAUUUUGAAAUAUUGGACUUCUCUUCUCCUUCCUGCUUUGAAGUUAUCUCUUCUGGUGUGUGUGUGUGUGUGUGUGUGUGUGUGUGUGUGUUAAUCUGUUGAAUUCAUGUUGAAUUGAUGUUUUCCAAUUUUGGAUUUCUGUUAUGGAGUUUUUGGAGUGUUCUUUUCUGUAGGUGUGUGUGUGUGUGUGUGUGUGUGUGUGUGUGUGUGUGUGUGUGUGUUAAUCUGUUGAAUUCAUGUUGAAUUGAUGUUUUCCAAUUUUGGAUUUCUGUUAUGGAGUUUUUGGAGUGUUCUUUUCUGUAGUUGUGUGUGUGUGUGUGUGUGUGUGUGUGUGUGUGUGUGUGUGUGUGUGUGUGUGUGUGUGGUUGAGAGAGAGAGAGAGAGAGAGAGAGAGAGAUGAUGUGCCUCUGAAGUUCUGUUUUGGACAACCUAUUUGUGACAUGUUGAUCAGUUCCUCAUUUUUUUGUGCAUUUAUACUGCCUAUUCUCCUCCUGUGCAAAUAAAAACUCAACUACGUGUGA